GAGAUUGUGAGGAGCGAACACGUGAAGAUAAGGACAUUAGUGAACAUUAUUAUUUAGGGGAAAUAAGUGACGUUGUGCUAGAUGGAGCCCCAGUGACUGCAGGACAGAAUGGUCUUACUAAACCUUAAGUAUUGUACGGUACUUAUCUUCCUGGUGAUACAAAUAUGGGAUAAUGGCUGUGAAGCUAAUGGAUAUAUAAUACAUGUGCCCAAAGAAGUCACAGCACAAGUGGGACUCUGCGUUCACGUCCCGUGUCAAUUUACUGUACCCAGUGAUGUAACAAUAAGCAGAAAUCCGUGGGGUUUUUGGUACAGACCCUGGUCAGCUAAAGAACUGGUGGCCUCGAAUUACGACUGGCCCAAAAAACGAAUGUUUUUCACUGGAGAUGUCUCGAAAAAAGAUUGUUCCCUGUUUAUCAAUGACGUCCAGAAGAGUGAUGGGAACACUUAUCAAUUCAGACUUGAAGAUUCCGAACGUUACAAUUAUCACAAUAUCCUACCCCGCCUGACAGUGACAGACUUGACAGACAAACCUGAGAUCUCGGUAAGGAAAUUGAUUGCUGGGGAAAAGGCAACGAUAACCUGCAGAAGUCCUGGCGUAUGUGCCGGAUCGGCUCCCGUCAUUACCUGGAACAGAAGAGAUGGAAAACCGCUGGCUUUUAAUAAUACAUAUCCAAAUCGUACCAAGAUAUACUACUCCAACUUUACAUUCACACCUUCAAAAGGAGACAACGGGUCACCGCUGGAGUGUAGAGUGUCCUUCCUCCACAACAUGGCUGAAACACAACAGACCAUCAACCUCAUUGUUGAGUACCCUCCCGGUGCGACUAUCACCACUGAAGUAGGUGCUACAGAUAAUCCUCUUAUAGUCAAAGAAGGAGACAGGAAGACCAUUAACUGCAUGGUGGACAGCAAUCCAAUAGCCGAAAUUACUUGGUUUGUGGGAUAUAAAGUAAUAAAAGGACCAACUAAGGAACAUACUCUUAUCUACAAUCUUAACAAUAUUGGUCCUCGUGAUGCUGGGAAAUACUUGUGUUUUGGAAACAAUGACCACGGGAACUCUACCAGGGCCAUGGAUAUCAUUGUUCACUAUGCUCCAAGAACACCAAAUAUAAUGUGCUCAACGACUAAAGAUUGUACUUUGAACACGCAACAUGUGAUCCACGUCAUGGAGAAUUCCACCUUCUCUUUACUCUGCACAGCAGAAAGUCUCCCUGAAGCUUCACUGUCCUGGAAAACACCUGGUUCUGGUAAUAACCAAAGUAGAGUCAAUGGUCAUCUCACUGUUUUCUAUGUAUCACUCAGCGAUGAAGGACGGUUCACUUGUGCGGCCAGUAAUGUUUAUGGGAAGUCUACGUCCUCCGUCAACAUCAAAGUGACCUAUAAACCCAGAACAGUUACAGGAAAAAAUUCCAGCUGCUGGACACAAGGUGGCGGCAUUGUGUGCACUUGUAUAAUCCAGUCCUUUCCAUCCCCCAAUAUUGAAUGGAAUAUCGAUGAGAAAUCAUAUCCGUCCAAUCACAUCGAUAAAGAACUUAAUAUUUUUACCAUAACAUUAAAUGGGCUGACCAAUAGCACGCUGAGGGUCACAUCAAGCAGGAAUAUCAGGACUAUCCGGUGCAUGACCUCCAAUGAGCAUGGAAAGCUUCACCUCCUAUUAUACACUCACUCAGAUUUCACCACCAUAAUCGUUGCCACCAGUUGUGUUGUUGUCAUUGUUGUGUUGUUGCUCAUUGGCGGCUUCCUAGUCAGGCAUUGUUUCCGCAGGAAGAAGUUGUCAGAUAAAGCAGAAGACAAGAAGGAGAUCAGCCCUGAUGACUCCAGCGUGAUCUAUAGCAACUCAGACGUGCAUCUUUAUGGUAACCAAACAACAGAGACUGGGGACAAUUCCGUCUAUUCGGUCCAGGACAACAUGGAUGCCUCCGUCUAUAUGAACGUUGAAGACAUGAACUAUGCAACCAUUAAUUUCUCGAAGCUGAAACCUCAUCAUGAAGCUCCAGAAGACAUUGAAAUCGAAUAUGCGGAGAUCAAGAAAUAGCUUCUCUAUAGGAGGGACAGUGACGGAGAGAACAGUAUAUAGGACCCUUUAUUUCCAACUUGUUUGUUGGUAUAUUUGUAAGAUCCCAAUCCUAUAUGAAACUACUAGUGAUGUUAAAGGAGAACUCCAGCAAAAAUCAACUCAUCUCCUAUUCACAGGAUAGGAGAUAAGUAGCUGAUCACUCGUGCGCGCGCGCGGGGAGUGGAGGGGGUGGUGGGUGUUUCCGACUGCUGGGAACCCCUGUGAUCUCCGGAAUGGGACCCGAUGCUCAAUGGGGAGUGCAUCCUGCACAAGGCACAUGCACCAUUCAUUUCUUUAGGAGUACCGAAAAGACCCGAGUACAGCACUUGGGUAUCAUUGGCCCUCCCAUAGAAAUGAAUGGAUCACGUGCCAUCCAGUAGACAACACAUACUCCUCACUGCGAAAGCCAGGGUCUCAGAGAUCGCGAGGGGUCCCAGCGAUCGGAUCCCCUGCUAUCAGCUACUUAUCCCCUAUCCUGUGAAUAGGGGAUCAUUUAAUUUUUUGCCCCUUUCAAAGCAGCCUACGAGAUACAGUUGUGACACAGACUUGUAAUGUCACAGCAGCUUCACCUAUAUGAUGCACAUUUGAUAGGCCACAACUAGUGUUGAACACAAACAUUCGUAAUGCAAAUUUUUAGCGCGAAUAUCGGCACUUUGCAAUUUUGCGAAUAUUUUGCUAUAUAUUCGUAAUGACAAAUAUUUUAUUUCUUUUUUUUUCACAUGCAAAUUUUUAAGCAAAUUUUCCAAUAAAAAACAGUGAACGAACAUAGUGAAUAUGCGAAUUUCGCGAACAUAGGAUGAAUAAUCGUCAAUAUAUUCGCAAAAUAUCUCAAAUUUGAAUAUGGCACCUGCUGCUCAUCACUAGCCCCAACAUGUUACAUGGCUAAAGCUCACUUGUGAUG